ACACGAGCCGCGUCCGUGGGUCGAACACCCGCACCUUCCCAGUCCCCUCGCCUCCCCUCCCUAAACCUUUAUCCGCGGCGCAGAAACCCUACUUCAAUCUCGUCGCCGGGCCGGGACGACGUGAUCGAGGAUCUCGUCGCUUCUCUUCUUCGAUCGCGUCUGCCGCAGUCGCCAGCCCCCGCAGGUUCUAAGAAAGAUGCCUCCUCAAAGGGCGAGGAGGGGUCGCAGGCAUGGGGGUAAUCCCAGGACUCAGGAAGAUGAGGAUCAGCUUAGGGUCCAACAAUUCAUAACCGCUACACUCUAUGCCACUACUAGGAAGGAUAAAAAGAGUAUUAAAGACGAGGCCAAGACUAUGGGAGAGAGUGAGAAAUACGUAAACCUUUUUGCAAACAAUACGCUUCAAGGUGUGGGUGUGCUCAGCUUUGCUUUAAUGGAGAAAAACAACUUGCUUGCCACUUGUUUACUGGAAUAUCUUCAUUCCGACCCAAGCUCUAGGCUUCAUGACAAGGCUGGACGAACUCCCCUGCAUUUUGCUGCCCGAGGUGGAAACAUUGUCUUGAUGGACACUCUGGUGAACACUCAUCACGUUGAUGUGAAUGCAACUGAUAAUUCAGGGUUAAUUCCAUUGCAUUUGGCAGUUUUCUAUGAUAAUACUGAUGCUCUCCUUGAACUGAUGAGGCUGGGAGCAACCAUUGAGGGGAAUACUUGUUUUGGGAAGGCUAUCCACGCCGCUGCCUUUUUAGGAAGUCUUGGGGCUAUUAAAGCUAUUCACCAGGAUUUCCCCAAUGAGGUAAACAUUGCUAGUGCUGGAAAUUUCACACCACUUAUUUGUUCCCUGUUCGGCACUUCAGUUCACUGUCAGAACUUUCUUGCAGGGGUAUCUGAUGUGGGUACUCUUCCCUUAUUCACUAAAGUGGCAUUGGUUAAAACCAAUGAGGCUGAAGCUCAUGCUCUUAUGAAAAUGCUUUUAAACCAUGGAGCAGAUGUGAACAUAUUGGACCAGGGUUUUCUUGAAGAACCAGCAUUGAUCAUCGCCGCCAAAAACGAAUGGAAUCUGGUCAUCGACCUUUUAUUUCAUAGAACAAAACAGAUAGCUGGCAUAGAGGACUGGACCAUUGCAAAUUUACUCAUCCAUGUCCAGACAGAAGAGUUUUUGCAUCAGGACCGUUUGAGGAAAGCAAAUAAAAUCCAGCAGCUGCGCCCCAGAAUAAUUGUUGAACUGGAAGCUAGAAAUGUUGUUGUCGCGAUCUAUCUUUGCAAGGCUUUAAAAUCUGAUAUGGAUGAAUGGGACUGGAGCAACAUCAGCAGUCUAUGCGACCUCUGUGUACAUUUUGGAAUGACGUCAUCUGAAUAUGAAGUAACAGUGGAAUCUAUUUCUACGUACACAAGUGCUUAUUUCUUAUAUAAGCAAUAUGAUAAGGCUCUUUUAGCUGUAAAGGCUUGUCUUGCCCUGGAACCAGACAACCAGGAAUUGAUCAGACUCCACACAAAGGUGAAAACGUUAUCUGAAGAGACUACAGCGAGUACAAGUGGGCGUUCGCAGUAAAGCUGAGUGUCUUCGAUCACAAUGUCUCUGGGGUACACCUGUCGCAACUUCUGGUUACUGUUUGGUUGAUCUAGUGUAGUUAGCCUAGCUGUUUCUGGUUAUGUUUGGAGUCUGAUGAUAUAUGCGAAGGUUUCCAGUCUUGAGACUGGCUUCGUGUGUGGAUCUUGCAUGAUCCGGUUUUUAUGUGCUGUGGUUCUUUGCAACCCAACAAUGCAAGGUAACUCUAAAUGUUUCUAGCUGGGAGUUUUGAGUCUUGUGCAGCCUGAUGAUAUAUGUGAGGGUUUCCAGUCUGAGACUGGCCUCAUGGUGCGGGUAAACAGACCUUGGUGAUGAUGUGACUGGAUAGGAUUCUGCUAAAAAAACUGUUUGAUUUGACCAUGAUGGUCUAAUCAGUGUUCGGUGAUGAUGUGACUGGAUACAUUUUGGUUAAUGGAAUCAUGAUGUUCCCACUGUUCUUUAAA